GUGGCGCCGUUUAGGUUGUGCCAUGGGUCCCAUGAGCUGCCCAGUGGAUGUCAUGUGCCAAGAGGCCGGAGGCUCUGAGAUGCAGCCGGCAGCUGUCAGAAUGCCGCAGACAGGCGAACUGGCAGGCAGCCUUGGGCCUGUUCCGCAGCUUUCGUGCACGAGGAGGCGAAGUCAACGUGAUUCUGUAUACCACCUUGGUCACUUGCAUUGAGAAAAGUUCAAGAUGGGACUGGACUUUGGCUUUGUUGGUGGAAGUCAUGCAGACGGGGAUGCAGAGUGACGUUAUGUUCUACAACACGGUUUUGAGCGCUUGCGCAAAAGCUUCGCAGUGGCAACAUGCAGUGUGUUUGCUGCGCUCGAUGGCUUCCGAAUCGCUGCCGGCAACUGUGGUCAGCUACAAUGCUGUCCUCGUCCGCUGUCCUUGGCGCAUGGCUGUGCUGCAAGAGGAAGCGGAACGCUUUGGAGACCUCACAGUGGUGACAUACAACUCGUUGAUGAGCCUUUUUUCAGAUGAAGGUCGGUGGCAAAGGGCCUUGCUUUGCUUUAGGGAUGUUGAGUUCACAGGACUUCAGCUGGAUGUGAUUUCCUUCAAUGCUGCCAUCAAUGCCUGCUCGCAACCCUCUCUUUGGCAGAGCACAGUCUCUUUGCUUGUACGUCUUCAGAAGAAGCAGAUCCAGGCCGAUUCCAUCACCCUGGGAGCUGCCGCAGAUGUCUUGCCCUGGGCCUGGGCUGUCCAGUACCUGGACGCCGGCGACGCCGGCGUCAACGUGGUGGCGGCCAAUGCGGCCAUGGGUUCCUGUGACCACUGGGAAAUGGCCAACGAGUUCCUGACCCUGGCCUCGCGAGGCCUGGAACUCACAGCCAGGAGCUACAAUGUGCUCCAUUUCGUUUCUGCAACUUCUACAGCUUGGGCUUACCAACUCGCCAUUAUGGAAGUGCAACGACUUGCAGCUGUUGAUGUGGAGCUUUCUGCUAUGAAUUCAAUCUUGGCAACAGCUUCCUGGCCUCGCUCACUGCAACUGUUGAACAACAUGGCAGCGGAUGUGAUAACAUAUAGCUCCUGCGCCACUACCUUGGAGGAGCUCGGUGAAUGGCCUCGAUCUUUGUCACUCUUAGAGAAGAUGUUCGCUGUCGCGGUGCAGGGAGAUGUCGCCAUGUUCAAUGCCGUGGCCCACGUGUGUCAGAAGGCCGCCUGGCACUGUGGCAGCUCCCUGCUGCAGCAGCUGCAGCUUCGCAGCCUCCGCCAGGACGACGUGUCGCGGCUGGUGGCCUUGGAGCUGUCACGGUGGGCGGCGGCGUUGGCGCCGCGGUAUACCUGGCGUCAGCUGGGUGGCGAUGGAUGGGGAGGCCCCGAUGCAUUGAACGUGAUGUUAGCAUCGCUACAGGCGGCACGGAUGUGGCGGAUGAGCUUGGAACUGCUGGCUGAACCCGCAGGCGAUGCCAGCGAUGCCAGCGAUGCCAGCGAUGCCAUCAGCCUCAACUCCGCCCUCCAAGCCCUGGGUGCUCAGCACUGGCGCCGCUCUGCCGCGUUGCUCGCUGCAACGGAGCUGCCGCUGCGGCAGAGUCGUAACGCCCUGGUGGCGCAAGGGGAGUUGCGGGGCGUCGCGGUGCCGGUGCUGAAAAAAGCACACGGUGCGGAAAGUGCUGAUGGGAAAAAGAAAACAUAG